GGAACUGUUGCAAACACUUUAUCGGCGAACCCAAAACUAAACAGAAGCAAAGUUAGGAAACUAUGCUGUAGGCGGACGCGAAUUCUUGAACUGCAGCGGCAGGAUCACGUCGAGGAAAAUGGCCGCCGAAAAUCCGGAAAGGCGGUCGAGUCAGGAGCACCAGCAGAGAGGACUCACCACCAAAGUGGCGCUGCGGCGUUUGCAUGAGGAGAUCGAAAGGGUGCUCCUAGAACACGAGCGGCAAUGCGGCACGGAGAGCUCUUAUCGAAAGUUGCGGGCGGCAUUUGUGAAGCGAUACGAUAGUCCCUUGGGCUGGCUUUCCAUUGGAACCAGUCUGCUGGCCAGCGGAGCACUCCUAAUCACAGGCAUGCUGUGGCCAGCCCUGUGCCUGUUGGCUAUCUUGUCGCUCGACCUCUUCGUGGUUGUCCGGGAGAACAACCUGCGGCGCACCGAGAUCUUCCGGAAGACGCGACACGCGCUGGGAGAACUCCAAUUGGCGGAGCAACACUUCAGCGACGACUGGCAGCCGACGAACUAUCCGCACCUGAGUAAUCCCAUGUCGCCGUGCGUUUCCCUUCAGUGGACCUAUCGUGACGGAAAAAUCGUCAAUAUGCCCUGGGCGUUGCUCGUGCGCGGGGACUACAUCGUUCUGAGGCCGGGUCACAUUUCACCAGGUCCUUGUCACGAGCUGGAGACGAAAAAGUUCUUCACGGCCAACGAAAUCUAUGGUGCGGCUCCACAUGGCGAUCCUCCGGUGAAGCCAGUUGCGCGGCCGCCAUUGCCCGAUCUCGUUUGCUGUUUGGAAAGCACACCCUACCUGGACAACCUUACCAUUUGCCUCAAGAAAUCCCUGAAACGACCACCCACCAUCUACAAUCAGCAGCGCUAUCUGUUGGUCACCAAGUACAUUCAGCAGUGGGGCUUCAUUAGUGCCCUGGUUAUCACGCUCAUCUCGGGUCUACUGCGCCUCCAUGGCUACGGUCUGCCCACCGACGAGAAGCACAACUGGCGCUUCGUGCUCAUCGAAUCCCCGGCGGCCGCCAUAAUCCCUCUGUUGCCUCUGAUAUUUCCUCUGAUGUGGAUAUCCAUGAAUCUGUGGGGCAUUGCGCGGCUGCAGUGCUUUCUGAAGACUCCUCAGGCUGCCCUGGAGAAGAGUACAAGCAAAUCGUUUGAGGAGGAUCUGGACACGCCAUCGUACGACUACCAGAAUGUUUCGUUGCUUCGUUCAAAUGUGUUCCGCAUCUGGAUGCAGCUGUGGCGCGGGGAUAGUGAACUCUUGCCGCGCUCAGCGAAUCUCGUCCAGGUGCUGGGCUCCAUUUCGGCGCUCUGUUGCGUUGAUAAAAAGGGCAUCCUGUCGUGGCCCAACCCCACCGCCGAGAAGGUAUUUUUUCUACACAACACCGACGAAGAGGCCCGCGAGGAUGGAGCAGGCAGUCAGUCGUCGUCGCAGAGCGAGAGUGACGAUGUGCCCGAUGUGGAUGAGGAUCACAAGGAGCAGGGCAUUGUGGCGGAAGUACUGGACCUAACGCACGAUCAGCACUGCCCCUUCCGGCUGGAGUUUGACGAUCACGAGUGGAAGGCGCACAUCAAGUCCUUGAAACCACUGGGCCUGGCCAUUCUGCUGAACACCUGUUCGCCGCUCACCCACGAGCACUACGCACAGUUCUGCGGCCAUGUAACCGCCGUGGCCAUGCUCGACAAAGAUCUGGUGCCCGUGACUAAUCGGUAUGCGUAUGCACUCAUUGAGUCGAGUAAAAGCUUUUUGCAUGGACGCUGCCUGUGCGAGCUGGCCAAGCAGAUUGGAUUCACCGACCAUGCCACGGAUCGGUUCGCGCUGGAGGGUCAACUGGCCAGCUACCGUCAUUUGCAACCAGAUGUGGUACGCAGGGAUAUUCGCUUCGCCCGGCAGCUGCAGCUGUCCUCCAAGGUGAAGGUCCCAUUUCCGCAUUCCCUGUCCGUGGUUAUGCGUGAGAAUCCGGGAGGCUAUCUGUCCCUCUUCACCCAGGGAACGGCGGAUAUAAUUUUGGAUUGCUGCGACGACUUUUGGGACGGUAUAGAUCUGCGACCUUUGUCCGCCCAGGAUCGAAAACGGGCGCUGGACUUUUACCAGCGAAGUGCGUUGACCUCCUACUGCACGGCCUUCGCCUACCGCCCUCUGAGGCACGGAAUCCAUGGAGCCCUGAGUGGUCCCCAGCGGAGCGGAGGUGAGUGUCUGUAUCUGGAGCUUCCGCCGGAAUCAAAGCUGCGCAUGCAGCACGUGGACAAGACGCACUGCGACUUUCAGGGUGGCCACCACGUCAAGCUGGGCCACAGCAUCAGCACGGACUCAUUGCUAUUCUCGGAGAGUAAGGACGAGGAGUGCAACGAUGUGGAGGGCUGCUUCGAGAUGCAGUGCCACCAGGUGUUCAUUGGCAUGGUGACUAUGCAGUACCAGGCUCAGAAUGAUAUCGUUCGGCUGGUUGAGCACCUGGAACGGGCCUGCAUCCGAUUCGUUCACUUUAGCAAGGAAAACGAAUUGCGAUCGCGUGUCUUUUCCGAGAAAAUGGGUCUAGAGUCCGGCUGGAACUGCCACAUCUCGCUGCUUAGCGAACCAGAGCCCGAUAACGAGAAGGAUCGAAGCACUGCCAAGGCCAAGGAUGUGCCGGAACACAUUGGUAAACCCCAAGCCACCACCUCAACCACUGCCACCACCACCACCACAACAGACCAUGAGAACAGCCUUCAUCCCAGUGCCAAAGUCAUGUACAUAUCGCCCCCCGCACCCGCACCUGCCACUGCAUCCGUAUCCGAAUCCAUAUCUGCUGCUAAAGCCACUGAAAUUAUAGGUGAUGGCCUAGAGAAAAAUUAUCUUUUGGGGCCGCCAAACAAUCUGGAGUCAUCUAAAACCCUCAGCUCCUCAGCUCCUGGUGCCAUUUCCAACCCGGAUGAGUGUAAUCCGCUGAAUGCAGCCCUCAACAGUGACGAUCCUCAAUCCCCGGAUGGCGAGGGCAGCAAGGAAAGCUCACAGGAUAGCACUCCAAAAAAUAAUCUACCGGGAGAUUCCGAACUGGAGGGGGAACCCGAUCCCAACAAGCACAAGCAGCGCCAUUCGCUGGACUCCGCUAUGGACGAAAACUGCCGCUCGCUGAGCACGCUCACCGAAAGCACAGAUCAGAGUGCUCCCAUAAAUUUCGACAUGUCCAAUCGGGCGAAGCUGCCAAGAGGCAUUGAAAACAUUAGACCUCAUUUGGAGCAGGUGGACAACGUACCGCUGCAGGUGUCUCUUUUUACGGACUGUUCGGCAGAGGCCACUCGCCAGAUGCUGGACAUUAUGCAGUCCUACGGGGAGAUCGUCGUCUGUUUGGGAAGUUCUGCUAGUAAUGCCAAUGCCGACAUCUUCCUGCAAGCGGACUGUAGUAUAGCCGUGGAGCCACUGUACCCGCAGGUGUGCCAGGAUGUAGACGCCUACACGGAAUCCAAUAUUCAGCACAACAAACUGUUGUGGCAGCGGCAGUCGGGGAAAUCCAAGGCCAAUGAUGAUGAGGAGCUUCUGGAGGGCGGUCUUCAGGGAUGCGCCAUGCAGACGCCCGCUCACACCAUCUCCCCGUUGUAUCUGAGCCGGCUGCUCAACUCUCUGCCCUGCUCCAUUGCCGUUUGCCGCGACGACCCGCUUUCGCUGGUGGCCAUAAUUGAGCUGUCACGCCGCUUCUCGCUUGGCCUGUGGAACUGCAUCCAGUACUGGGCCUGCUGCGCUGGCUCCAUCUCAAUUCUGAACGUGCUGUGCGCGUGCCUCUCGCUGCCACCGCUCCUCACCCCGCUGCUGGUCAUCUACCUGAUGUGCGUGCCGGUGCCGCUAAUAGCCAUCUCGCUUGCCCACAUCGACGUGGAUCCCAAGAUCAUGAAUCGGGCCACCAGCAAAAAGCAGACUGACUAUGAUUCGCGCGCCUUUGCCUUUGUCAUGUGGUGUUACGGGUGCAAGUUCAUCGUUCUGGUCGUAUCCAUGCUCGUUUCCUACUGGAUGUUCUUAUCGGAGUCUAGACUUAACCCUGCUGCUGAAGUUUCAGAAGAACUUUCAUUAGAUGUCGAGGAUGACGAUGAUGAUGAUGAGGACUUCUAUCAGUUCCUUUACUUUGCUCGAAGCUCUGCCUUGCUGGGCAUUAUCCUACACUUUGUUUUCAUUUCUUUUACAUUUGUGCAUCGCGAUCACGCGCUCUGGCAGCGCAAUCCAUUUACCAAUCGUAUCUGGGGCAUUACCUGUUGGUUAUUGCUCCUCUUCCACACAGUUAUCUGUGUUCUGCAACUGAUGCUAAAGGAUUUCGAUGAACAGUUUCCAAAAUUGUGGGCUGCAAUUUUGGUCAUGUUUGGCGGCUGCUUGCUGAGUAUGAUUGUCAGUGAGCUGGCAAAGUUCCAGGAGAACAAGGUCAAUGCUCGCUAUCAGCGUCGGGCGCGUCUUGACUUUGGCACCAAAUUGGGCAUGAACUCGCCCUUCUAAGACUCACGGCUAAGACUUACCAAACGAAAAGACGCCAAUGUUACACAUGUACUUAGUGCCAAGGCUGUAUAUAACACCACCACUCAACACGCUAUUUCUUAUUACUUUACGAUCCAGACUAACCAUUGGGGUAUUCAUAGCAGUGGCUGCAUCUGCCAGCAUUUUUGGACUUAUUUUUAGAAUUGGCCCCGUUAUUUUACCCAUUUGUACUUCCACGUGUUUGUUUUAACUUGCGACAACCCCCAUCGAGUAACGAAAGACACAUUUGUUAUUCUUGUUUCUAAAACGGUUUGUUUCGAGUUCCUUGUUUUAAUGAGAUAAAACUUUGUGUACUAACAUUUAAAAGACUUGCAAUUAUUGUAUGAAAUAUAUGUACGGUAAAACUGAAA